AUGGCGAAGAAGUACGGCCCACACACUGGCCCAGUCGGCGACCCUGGUGUCUGGUGGAGCCCGCGCCUCCUACAGUCGGCCAGGGGAGUCCGUGGGCAGCCAAGCCCACGAACCAGAGCUGCGCAAGCCAGCUGGUGCGAUCCGCGGGUUCCGACGACCGGAAGGAAGCAGAGCCGAGACCGCGUUCCUCCCGCGCGGACUACAACUCCCAGAGGCCCCAGCGGCCCGCGACCCCCGCGCCUGCGCCGUGGCCGCUGGAACGGCGCGAUGGCGGCGGCUGCGGCGGCGGUCGAUGUGCCCGAGGUCCUUCAGCAAUGCGGUUGCAAGGGCAUCCGGACCUGUUUGAUCUGCGAGCAGCAGCGCAGUAGUGAUCCGCCCUGGCAGCACCCUCUGGGGAAAACACACCAUUUCAUUUACUGCUCAGACACUGGUUGGGCCGUGGGCGCCGAGGAGUCUGACUUUGAGGGCUGGGCCUUCCCUUUCCCGGGAGUGAUGGUGAUAGAGGAUUUUGUGACCCGGGAGGAAGAAGCUGAGAUGGUUUGUCUCAUGGACCAGGAGCCCUGGAAGCUGUCACAGUCUGGACGGAGAAAACAGGAUUAUGGCCCCAAAGUCAACUUUCGGAAACAGAAGCUAAAGACUGCAGGCUUCCGAGGUCUUCCCAGCUUUAGCCGUGAGGUGGUGCGGAGAAUGGGCCUCUAUCCUGGGCUGGAGGGCUUCCAGCCCGUUGAACAGUGUAACCUGGACUAUUGCCCUGAGUGGGGCUCUGCCAUUGACCCCCACUUGGAUGAUACCUGGCUGUGGGGGGAGCGGCUGGUGAGCCUCAGCCUCCUGUCCCCAACUGUGUUGUCCAUGUGCCGCAAGGCGCCCGGCAGCCUCCUGCUCUGCUCAGCCCCAUUGGCUGCCCCAGAGGCCUUGGUGGACAGUAUGAUAGCCCCCAGCAGGUCUGUGCUGUGCCAGGAGGUAGAAGUGGCUAUCUCCUUACCUCGACGCUCCCUGCUGGUGCUAACAGGGGCUGCACGGCACCAGUGGAAGCAUGCCAUCCACCGCAGACACAUCAAGGCCCGCCGUGUCUGUGCCACCUUCAGGGAGCUGUCAGCUGAGUUCUGUCCUGGAGGGACGCAGCAGGAACUGGGCCAUGAACUCCUGCAAAUCGCUCUUUCCUUCCAAGGAAGACCUGUGUGAGCUCCUCCCUGGGGACAGGAGAUGGCACGGGGCCUGGCCAGAGUCACUGGUCCUAGAGUUGGCCAGGCUUGAGAUUGAAGUCAGGAGCCCAGCAAUGUCAUUUUUCCCAGCUCAUUAGGUUUUAGGAGAUGUCUGACUCCCAAUGCCAUAGGCAGCAUGAGCCCUGCGCAGGAACUGGUUGUGUUGGGAAUGCACCUCACGUCUGUCCCCUUUGACCUGCACUGUAGCCAUUCUGCUUUGGUUAUUUGUCACAGUUUGGGGACAGUGGGAUAGUUUGAGCCUAAAAAGGCUGGAAACAUUUAAAACCAUUUUCUCCUUUAUCUGUCUCUCUUAAUGAGGCUUCACUACCCUCCCCACUCCCCCGGCCUGGUCCCUUCAUUUGGGGAGCUUGUUGAAGAACAGAAAUGACAGAGGAUUUGAAGUCUAGAUUUCAGAGUUGGUGACAACUUCGGAGCCAGAGGGCUGUGGUGAAGGCAGGGAAAACCCUGAGAGCCUGUCCCUCCUUUUCUAUAAGGCUGUUAACAAGUAGGACACAGCACCUCUAGCCUGGGGCAACAGACUGUUGUCUCAGAAAAAAAGGAGUGGGGGGAAGGCUCCUCACCUCCUAGGAUACAAGGUUGUUCACUCUGGCUGCAGGCUUACUUGGAUGGACAGCUGCCCACGCACAACAGUGGCCAGGAGCCUGAACCUGCAUGGCUAGCCCUCAUGUUGUUUAUGAGACACACUCGGCUCCCUGCAUGUGCCUAGAGCCACAUUUGGGGGAGCAAGGCCUCAUCGGGUAGUCCGCACCAUUCUGCCAGGUCACUCUUCGAAGCUUCUAGAGCCUCUGGGCAGGGGAGCUGCUGGCUGCCAUCUACCACCUGGUGAAAUGGCAUCCCAGCUACUGAGCCCCCUGUGCGGCUUGAAGAACCCUGUGAAGACCCUCAGGAAAACCAGAUAGAAGCCCUCCAGCCCAGGGUAGAGGCCCGUUCUCCACACCCUCAGCUGCCAGGGGGUGGGAGUGGGAGCCCAGACAGCUGCUCCCUCAUCAGCGAGGAUGGAGCAGUUUCUUCCCAAUGCCAUGACCCCAUGCAGAUACCAGCUGGGCCAGGUAGGCACCCGGGGGCAGAGUCUACAGAAUGCUCCAUCAGCCAAGGGUUCUGUGGGAGAUGCGCAUUUGGGGACCAAUGCACACAGAGACUUCACCAGGAGAGGUUUGGGAAGCUAUUGAGCAAAGAAAUGUGUUCUUUCCUAGCAUUCCUCAGUGCUGGCCAAGCAUUUGACAGUUGGCCCUUGUAGUAAUCCCACAGAUAAACUGUAGGAAACAUUCAUUACAUGAAAGGUUGGUGACCCUCAGAGUUGAGUCUGUCCUAAAAGCUGUGAUGUGAAGACCACUAGGCCCUAUGUGCCUUCUGUGUCCACAGCCACAACGUGUCAUAGCCACACCUCACCCAGCUGGGGAUAGGGAUGGAGGGUGCCAGGCCUGGCCCUUGGUAGCCUGCCCUGCACAUUUCUGAAGUGCUGGGCCCCGCCCCCACCACCUGUGGAGUAAGGACAUUUGCUUAUCUCACGUUUCAAGUGGCCAUCAUACAUACUCCUACACUUUCCUUGGCAGCAGACAUGUGUUGUGCAGACUUUGCUGUCUGCUACAAUGUUCCUGCAGUCUCAAGAAGGCCUGCAAGAGUUCUCUAUGGGGGACACACUAAUGCAGCAGGGUCCAUUCUGAUAGCAGCUUCCUACAGUUUCCUACUCCCAAGUCAGUCGGGCAACUCAGCUGACCCCUUGGCCUGCCCUUUGGAAAGACGUUCAGGGGCCUCAGUGCUGUUUGUUCAGAGUGUAGGUGGUGCUGUCUGGGCAGGUCCUAACUCAGGAGUGGAAAGGGACAGAGCUUGGUCCCAGGAGCAUUCUCUGGAGUUAUUCCUUCCUAGAUUGGUGUUGAACUGCCUGCCUGUCCCAUGUACCACAGCAACCCCCAAGUGGCCAGCAGGUGGCCUGGAAAGAGGGCUUAGCAAGGAGCCUCCGGGCUCAGUUCUAUUCUAGCAGUGGUCUGCAGGGUCCCACUCAGGGCACUAUGGACUCUACCCUGUGACUUUCCCAAGCCAUCAGAAUCAAGACAAAAGCUCUCUCUCAGUGGGUCUGCAGGUGUGAACCAUCGCAGGCUGCAGGCUCACUGGGCUCACUGCAGGAGUGCUCCAUUGAACUGACAAAGGAUUUCCCUUUAAGGAAACUGUAGCCUCCAUAUGCGAGCUCUCUUGCCUCUUCCUGUGUUUCCAGAAAGAGAGGGCCCCACUUGGAAAGGAAGUGGCAGGCAGAGGCACUUACCGUUGGGACCCAGUUAGUGGGAUCCCAUGACGGUGUAUCUGGGUGUCCACACCCUCUCACGGAGCAGCCUAUUAGGACUCCAGCCAGUCACCAGCCACAAGAGGAGGUAGAUGGUAUCCAGAAGGACUCACCCUUGCAGCAGAUACCAGGGAAGGACCAGGGCUGCAGCAUGUCCCCCUGCCUGCAAUGUCUUGCCAAGAACAGAAGGAGCUUUGAACAGCUUUACUAGUUUAUUCAGUUCAAUCCAGGGCAACUGUUUUAAAAAUCCACGCAUGAUCUGUAUAGUGUCAUGCAUAAAUGAUGAGCACAAGACACGUAACAGCUGCAGGUGACCCCUGACUCACUCAGGCUCCUGUGGUUUUGUCCUCAACAGACCUUCCCAGAAGACGCGGAGACAUAUUCUGCCUUCUAAGUCUGAAGCAGAAACACUUGCUUUUUGAGACUUGUGGACAGGUACUAUAGAUAAGAGUGUGUUCCACAGUGGAAAGGGCCUCAGCCUGUCUGAGGGUGCUUGUUUUAGGAGCACCAGGAAGGUUCUAUCUGAAACUAGGGCAAGCCCAUAAUGACCCCAGGGCAGCCUGUGGAACCUCUCACCAGGCACAGGCCAUAGUUAUAAUACACUUAAAAAUCAGGCUAACCUUGGGCGGCGCCUGUGGCUCAGUGAGUA